AUGGGGACUACUUUGAUCUCGAUUCCAUUCCUGGCUUCUCUGCCAAGCAAGCACAAGUCCGACAAGUCGCCCGCUGCGAUGAGCUUUGCUGACUUCGCAGCCAAUGCACCUGCCCUUCCAGGGACGACGUCGUCGAAUGUACCGGCUGUCUCGGCAUCGUUGUCUACCAAAAACAUCCCCCUCUUGGACAAGCUGAGCUUGAAACUGGAGCAAUAUCAGAGGCAGGUCGGUGCCGUGCGGCGGCAGGCGCAGAACGCACCUACCUCCAUGGAAGGCCAACAGGACUUGGAAGAUCGCAUAAAGUUUGCAUGCAUGCUGCAGGACGAGAUCGCCAGGUUGUUGCCCCAGCUCCCUCGGUCGCCUGCCAUGGAAGUGAGUCGGCGAAAACUGCUCAAGGACUUUGAGCGCAUCUCAAACCAGUUAGAAUCAUCGGUCCAGGAUGCAGCGAAUGCGCAAGUGAAGCAAUCUGAAGCCAUGCGGCACGAAGUCGAACGCGGGGAUGCAUCAUCCAGCCUCCAUGCGACCGUGAAUGGCCAAGUGAUUGAGUUCAAGCAGUUGGACAAUGAAAUUGCACACAAUGAAGCGCUGAUUGAAGAGCGGGCCAAGGACAUCGACCGUAUCCACAAGAGCGUGGCGCAAGUGAACGAGAUCUUCCGCGACCUCGCGGCCAUUGUUGGGGACCAACAAGGUGCCAUCGAUGACAUUGAGAGCCACAUCGAUGAGUCCCUCGCCCAAACCCAGCAAGGGCUGGCAGAAGUCAAGAAAGCAGCCGCGAACCAAAGCAGCUGCCUUAUUAUGUAGAAGGAGUUGGAUCUGCGUAACACGUGCGAAUAAUUUAUGAUCACAACAUGGCUCUACACCGCAUGACUUCGUCCAUGUGCAAUGUAUUCCAUGACCGAUACGAAGCGGA